GUCUUUUGGCUCCAGGACCAUGUGAACGAGGAGCUGCUGCAAAUAUGUCACAGUGAGAGAGAGAAAAGAAACGUGAACGCCCUUUUUUCUUUUCUCCCUUUCCUCCCUUAAUUUCAGAGAAAGUGCCUGCGUGCAUGUGCGUGUCAGUUUGGACGCUUGCAUUUGCGUGUGCGCGUCUCGGUGCGGCUUUGGCGCUGGAUGACGCAGGAGUCCACCCAAAAAAUCUCAAUUUCCGCGACACUUAACAUGCUCAAUAGACAUGGGUUAAGUGUCGGAGCCGUGAAAACAGCCUAUUGAAGAGAAAGAGAGAGUGGAGCCGGAGAGGAGGGCUGCUGGGGGGGCUGCUGGAGGCGAGAGAGCCGGGGAGAGAGAGAGGCAGCGGGGGGAAAGGAGGAGGAACAGGACAGCCAUUACCAUUCAGGAUCACGUUGCCUGCCUGGCCGCUCUGCUCUCCAGCCUUAUCCACCGGCUCCGCUGGGUUCUGGUUGGGGAAACGCCGCUAGCAGGAGCCUCAAACGGCGGAACAUCCGGAGCUUUUUCACCCACCCUUCCAUCCAUCCGGCCCGGGGAAGAGAGGGAGCAGCGGCGGCAGCAUCCCCGGCCUCCGGUGCGCUGAGCUCGGAUUGAAGGACCGCUGCUGCCCGGUGUAGACUGAAGUACGAUGGAGUCUUCAGAUGAUGACACUCUGAGCGAGCGCUCCUGCGUCAGUGAACCGUCCUUUCGCAGCGAGCGGUCGGGGGGUUCGUUGUCUCCGUGUCCGUCCGGACCGGUCGGGCCGCCGGGCGACACUCUGCCCUGGAACCUGUCCAAACACGAGAGGAGGAAGAGGAAGAGCCAGGACUCGGUGCUGGACCCGGCCGAGAGGGCGGUGGUUCGAGUCGCAGAUGAGCGGGACAGAGUGCAGAAGAAAACCUUCACAAAAUGGGUCAACAAGCAUCUCAUCAAGGUGAGGAAACACAUCACAGACCUGUACGAGGACCUGAGGGAUGGACACAACCUCAUCUCCUUACUGGAGGUUCUCUCUGGAGUCACUCUGCCCAGAGAAAAGGGACGAAUGAGAUUUCAUCGACUGCAGAAUGUCCAAAUAGCGCUGGACUUCCUCAAACAGAGACAGGUCAAACUUGUGAACAUCAGGAACGAUGACAUCACAGACGGGAACCCCAAACUGACGUUAGGACUCAUCUGGACCAUCAUCCUUCACUUCCAGAUUUCAGAGAUCUAUGUGAGCGGCGAAUCAGGCGACCUCACAGCCAAAGAGAAGCUGUUACUAUGGAGCCAGCAGGCGACAGAAGGAUACCCCAGCCUCCGCUGCGUCAACUUCACCUCGUCCUGGAGCGACGGACGCAUGUUCAACGCUCUGCUGCACAGAUACAGGCCCGACCUGAUCGACAUGGAGGUGGUGUCGCGGCAGAGUAACAGAGAGAACCUCGAACAAGCCUUCGAGAUCGCCGAAUCCUUAGGAGUGACCAGACUGCUGGACGCUGAGGAUGUUGAUGUUCCGUCUCCAGAUGAGAAGUCGGUCAUCACGUAUGUCUCCUCAAUCUACGAUGCUUUUCCUAAAAUCCCAGAAGGAGGAGAAGGCAUCGCCGCACACGAGGUGGACCAGCGCUGGUCAGAGUACCAGUCCAGGUUCUCGUCUCUGCUCCAGUGGAGCCGCCAGCAUACGGCCCUCAUGGCCAACAAGAACUUCCCUCAGAACCCCGUGGAACUCAAGGCACUUUACAACGAGUACGUCCAUUUCAAAGAGACAGAGAUCCCUGCCAAGGAGAUCGAGAAAGGUCACAUCGAACACCUCUACAAGAUGCUGGAGGUGUGGAUAGAGUUCGGUCGUAUUAAGCUUCCUCAGGGCCUCCAUCCCAACGAUCUGGAGGAGGACUGGGGCAAACUGAUCCUGGAGAUGCUGGAGAGGGAAAAGGCUCUCCGGCCGGCUGUGGAGAGGUUAGAGCUGCUGCUUCAGAGAGCCAAUAAGAUCCAGAACAUGGCCCUGGACUGUGAGGAGAAGCUGACCCUCGCUAAGAACACACUGCAGUCUGACAUGUCUCGAGUGGAGAGCGGCGAGGCGGUGCAGUGUGAGAAAGAGCUGGCCUGUUACCUGCAGGACUGCGAGUCUCUGAUCAGACAGCUCAACCUGGAGCUCAAAGUCCUCCGAGACGAGAAAUACUACCAGGUAGAGCAGCUGGCCUUCAGAGUGUCCUGCCUUCAGGAGGAGCUGGUCUCCCUCAGGCUUCAGUGCUCCAGCGUCUACAGAAAAGGCCACUUCACUCAGGCUCUGGGCACCACGGUGACAGAUCACAGCAGCCAGAGGUCCACCGACAGCGGCUUGUCGCUGGGACAGACGCUGCUGGGAGCUGUGGGAGCCGUGGGAGCUGCACUGCUGAGGCGGCCCAUGGCUCGCUCACAGCUGGUGGCCAUGUCUUCAUCAGAGGACGAAGGAAGCCUGAGGUUCAUCUAUGAGCUGCUGGGAUGGGUGGAGGAGACACAGGAGCUGUUGGAGCGAGCUGAGUGGGGAGCAGACCUCCCCUCGGUGGAAAACAACCUCAAAGAGCACAACAGCAUCCACACUGCAGUGGAGGAGCUGAUGAGCAGCCUGCAGGAGGCUCAGAGCUACGAGGCUAAAGUCACUCCCAACUUCAGGAGCAGUUACUCUGAAACGCUGGCCAAGCUGGAGCACCAGUACUGCAAACUACGGGAACAUUCGUCAUGGCGCCUGCGGAGCUUGGAGAGCCUGCACGCGUUUGUGUCGCACUGCACUGAGGAGCUGAUCUGGCUCAACGAGAGGGAGGAGGAGGAGAUCGCCUUCGACUGGAGCGACAACAACACCAACAUGAACGCCAAGAGAGAGAUAUACAGUGAGAUGAGGUUAGAGCUGGACGAGAAGCGAGAUGUGAUGCGAUCUCUGCAGGAAACGGCGAGUCGGCUGUGUCAGGAGAACCAUCCGGCCAAACAGACCGUGGAGGCUUACAGUGCAGCUCUGCAGACUCAGUGGCAGUGGGUGGAUCAGCUCUGUGUCUGCGUGGAGCAACAUCUCAAAGACAACACUGCAUACUUCCAGUUCAUGAGUGACGCUCGGGACUGUGAGUCAUAUCUCCGCCAGCUCCAGGAAACCAUCAAGAGACAGUACACCUGCGACAAGAACAGCAGACUGAGCAAACUGGAAGACCUGCUGCAGGACUCGAUGGAGGAGAAGGAGCAGCUGAUCGAGUACCGCAGUACGGUGGCAAACCUGGUGGGCCGUGCCAAGACGGUGGUGCAGCUCCGGCCUCGCAGCGCCGACUGCAGCCUGGCAGCCACGACGCCCAUCAAGGCCAUCUGCGACUACCGGCAGAUCGAGAUCACGAUAAGUCGAGGGGAGGAGUGUGUUCUGGAGGACAACUCUCAGAGAACCAAGUGGAAGGUGAUCAGUCCCACAGGGAACGAAGCCAUGGUUCCCUCGGUGUGUUUCAGCGUCCCUCCGCCCAACCAGGAGGCCAUCGACACCGCCGGCAGGACAGAGCAGUUGUACCAGAAGGUGAUGUCUCUGUGGCACCAGCUCCAUGUGAACAUGAAGAGCGUGGUUUCGUGGCAUUACCUGCUCAAAGACAUCAGGGCUGUGUCUGGAUGGAACCUGGACACGGUUCGUUGCCAGCCUCCGUCAGAGCGUCAACACGUCCUGGAUCAUCUGGAGACCCAGUUGGCCGACUUUCUGUCUGACAGCAAAGAGAGUUCUCUGUUCACGCCGGCCGAGAGACGAGAGCUGGAGAAGGAGGUUCAGCAGGCCCAGCAGCACUGCCAGGACCUGCUGCUCAACAUGGAGACCGUGGAGAAGGAUGAGUCGGUGUCUCGGUCGUACCUGUCCGAGCUGCAGAACGUCACCCUUCGUCUAAAAGAGGCCGAGCAGAGACUGAUGAGGGCGAUUGAGACUCCGCCUCCCAGCCGGCUGUCAGGUGACAACGCUGACAACACCGUCCAGAUAGCAGAGCAAGAGAAGCUGCAGUCGGAGCUGGACGUUCUGCGCUCCACCGUUGGUGACGUGUCUCGACGCUGCAUCCAUUUCUUCGAGGAGAAGCCGACGUCCUCCAGCGUUCCUGUCCUCCGGUCUGAACUCAGCCUGGCUGUGGAGAAGAUGGACAAACUGCACAACCUCUCGUCUGUCUACCUCAACAAAUUAAAGACAGUGGACGUCCUGAUUCAUAGCCUGGACGAAGCAGAAAGCCAAGUCAGGAAGUACGAGAGCAAACUAAGUGAAGAAGACAUUGUUCCUGCCGACACGACAGCCAUUCAGAACCUCAGAGAUCAACUCGGGAAGUGGCAGGCGGAGCUCAGCGAGCAGGAGGGCAUCUUCCAGUCGCUGCAGGCCGAGGUGGGUCGCGCCAAAGAGGCGGGUUCUCAGCUCAGCAGGCUCCACCCGGACCGAAGCCCCGAGCUGGAGCGCUACCAGGAGAAAGCCAGUCAGAUGGCAGAGAGGUGGAGCGGAAUCAAAAGGCAGAUGGAGACACGACGAGCUGAUCUGGACGCUCUGGGUUCGGCGCUGCAGCAGUACAGAGACGGGCACUCGGCUCUGAUCAACUGGAUCGAAGAGACGACAGAGAGACAAGAAAACACACAGCCUGGACAGACGGACAGCAAAGCUCUGUCUGAACAACUGGCCCAGCAGACGGCAUUAGUAGCUGAGAUUGAACAGAAUCAGACCAAACUAGACGAGUGCCAGACUCACUCCAAACAGUACUGCACCUCAGUGAAGGAUUAUGAGCUGCAGCUGAUGACGUACAGAGCCUUUGUGGAGUCGACGCACAAAUCACCCGUUAAGAGGAGGAGGAUGCACUCUUCCUCUGACGCCAUCACUCAGGAGUUCAUGGACUUACGUACACGCUACACCGCCCUGGUCACCUUGACAACCCAGCAUGUAAAGUACAUCAGUGAUGCUCUGAGGAGACUGGAGGAGGAAGAGAAAGAGGUGGAGGAGGAGAAGCAGGCCAGGGUGGGCCAGGUGUCGGACCUGCUCGGCUGGGUUAAAGGCCUCCAGGGUCGGACCGGAGGACCCAACGCUGAGUCCUCACUGGCUGCUCAGCAGGCCAUCAGUGAACAACUGGCAGCCAAGAAAGAUCAGGUGGCUGAAGCUAUCAGGAGCACGCAGGUCUUCCUUCUGUCGAAACAGGCGAGCAAGUUGUCCCCAGAGGAGCGAGCUAAUGUGGAGGCUCAGCUGGACGAGCUGACGGCCACCUACAACCAGCUGUGCGACAGUUCCACCCAGCAGCUGCAGCAGCUGGAGCAGCAACUGGCCAAAGAGGAGGAAAGAAAGAGCCAAAUUGCCAUUGGUGGAGUGAUCGACCUGGGAACAGUGGAAACAUUCCCAGUGUUCCAAGCGGCCCGACAUGGUCUUAUUGACCAGGACACCUGCCAUGUGCUGCUGGAGGCCCAGCUCAUUAACGGUGGGCUCCUCCAACCAGACUCCUCUGCCAGUUUGUCACUGGAACAAGGUCUAUCUCAAGGCCUCAUUGACUCUCACACCAGACAGUCCCUCUCUGAGUUGGAGAGUGCCUUGUAUUUGGUGGAAAAUAGCAAAACUGCAGGUGAUCAACAACAAAAUGUGCUUCCUGUAGUUAAAGCCAUGGAGUUUGGGCUCAUCAGAGAGGAGGUGGGACUUCGUAUUCUCGAGCUCCAGAUGAACACUGGAGGUCUGAGAGAUUCAAAUGAAAAAAUGCUGAGUUUGGAGCAAGCAGAAGACAUGAAAAUUUUGCCUCCAAGAAUCUCUACCAAGCUACAGUCUCGGAUACAACACAAAGAGCUGAUAGAUCCAAACACAGCUGAAAAAGUAAAUCUAAAUGAGCUACAGGUGCGCUGUGUCCUCGACGAUGACUCAGGCCUCCUUCUUCUUCCUGUCAAACAGCAGCCUGGAGGAACUGUUUGCCUCCGUUCUGGAAGAAAAGUUGGCAUCUUCCGUGCUGUUCAGGAGGGACUGAUCGAUCGGAAAGUUACUGUACGGCUUCUUGAAGCUCAGCUCUUUGCCGGUGGCAUUGCUGACCCUCGGUCUAGCCACCGGCUGACAAUUCAUGAAGCUGUUCGUCAUGGACUUAUGGACCAGGAUUUAGCUUGUGCCAUGUUUGCACGGCAACUGCAAAAUGGGGGAAUUCUAGACUCUUCCAGUGGAGAACGCCUGGAUCUAGAGGAGAGUAUUCGCAGAGACCUUCUCUCCCCUCGUUUGGCUCUGUUGGUCCUCGAGUCUCUCUGGGCUUUUAUGGGAAUGCUUUGGCCUGAAUCUGGAGAACUCCUGCCUAUUGCGGAGGCUGUUCAACAAGGACUGAUCUCAGGAGAUCUUGCAAGGAACAUACUAAGGCAGCGACACACCAUUGGGGCUCUGUACAACCCAGAAACCCUCCAGGUGCUGCCCCUAAACCAGGCUGCCCAAGAGGCCCUUGAACCCAGUGUUGUUGAUCUUCUGAGAGACAUCCACAUACCAGACGUUCUUCUGAACAUGAACCAGUCAGGUACGCCAUCUCUGAACCGCCUAAGCUGGAGUUCCACCAGCUCCUCUCCACCUCCAUCCUCUCCUCUAUCUUUAUCAUCCCCUACAAGCCUUGAGUGGGAAACUACAGAUAGGAUAGAUCCCGAGGAACAAGCCAAACACAAGCUCCUGUUUCACCUCAUGACUCACAGCUAUGUGGAUGCUCAUUCUGGAAAACGGUUGGUGCUGCUUGACCCUGAACUGAUGGCGAUGGUCAAAGCUACUAAUGUGGUUGUGGGAGAGUCUGCAUAUUCAAGUCAGGUUGAGACUUUAAGCAGUUUGGCCACAGAUAAGUCGGGGAAGUUGCAAAUGGAGAGAAAGUUUAGUCUGACAGAUAAUGGAAUGAGUGACAACCAUAUUGAAGUUGAGGAAGACAGGUCCAGUGUAGUUACAGAAAUGAAGGAUGUUGAGACUAAGGGUAGAAGCAGUGUAAAAGAAAGGUAUGAUGGCGAAAAUGACAGCAAGUUGCUCCAGAAACCACCAGCAGUUGUAGAAAGUGAUUUAGCCUUUAUGGCUAAAGAUAAUAUCAGUUUAGAUAAAGAUGCAAAAGUAAAUGAACAAAAGAAAGAAAUGUCCAGACUUGAAAAUGUAAAGGUUUCAGAUAAACAUCUUAGCCCAGACGAGAUGGUACAAACAGAAUCCAAACUCAAGGAUAUUGCUGUUGAGGACACAAAAGGUACAAUCCCAACUGUAGUUAGAAAAACCAUCACAGUGCCACUUAAAUCAGAGAAGGAUGUAAAAAGAGAGACAUUGAAAGAAUCCAUCCAAGGAGAGAAAACAAAUGAAGAUUUUGACUUAAUACAAUCCCAAGAAAGGAAUGAUGUAAAACAAUCCAAGACUGAAUUAGUAAAGAUCAAAGAAAAUGUUCCUGUAACCGAUGCUAAACCUCAGGUUGAUAUCCUUGAUUCCACAGUGGAUAAACAAGGGGAGGAUGCAGAGCUGGAGAAGUUAGUGGUAGAGCUCAAACAGGGAGGUCUGAUGACAGAAGAAGGGGAAAAGCUGCUACCAGAUGAGGCAGUAGCUCAGGGUGUCCUCCCAGGUCAUACAGCAGUUAAACUCAUGGCUAAGGCUGGUCUGUUUGGGGGUUUCCUAGAUGCCAGCAGUGGUGACUCGCUUAGCAUGGAGGAAGUUAUGCAGGAGGGUUUACUCGACGAAGAUCUAAUGUGGAGUGUUUUAAAAUCAGAUAAAACGCUUGCAGGGGUUGUGGAUGUGGAGAAAAGGCAUAUUUGUGGGGUGAAGGAGGCAGCUGAGGCAGGGUUGAUCGACUCUGACACUGCUGCUCGACUUCUAGAAGCUCAGGUGGCAUCUGGGGGUAUUGUUGACCUACGUAGGGAUAAGAAAGUCUCCGUCACUCUGGCAGCAAACCUGGGAUUGAUUGAGGAGAAUCAGCGAGAAGAACUUGUAGCACUCGAGAAGGCAUACAAAGGAAAGGAUACAGAUUCGUCAACAUCUCUUAAGAAAGCCAGUUUACAGCUACAGAUGGAAGGUGUUGUCGACCCAAAGUCCAAGUCUCCAGUUCCUCUGGAGCAAGCAAUUCAGAAAGGUUUAAUUAAGUCAGAGGAGGCAUAUCAGGUGUUGGCAAAGCAGGUGGCUGAAGGAGGUAUAAUACACCACGCUUCAGGAAUGAGGCUUCCAGUCUCUGAUGCUGUAGAUAGAGGACUAGUGGAUCGGUCCAUUGCCACUGGGUUGGAGGAGCUAGAGUGGGUCUAUAAAGGAAAAGUAAGCCCUUCAAGUCACCAAGAAGCUGUUGUUUUUCAGGCAUCUACAGGAGCUAUUUUAGACCCUGACACUGGAGUUAAACUGACAUUGACUGAGGCUGUCUCUAAAGGUCUUCUAGAUGAGAACAUAGCCACUGAAGUUAUGGCUUCUGCAACAGAAACACAUGGAGUGCUUGACCCCCAAACUGCACACAUUGUUCCUUAUUCUGAACUUGUAAACCAGGGUAAGAUAGAUAUUGAAACAGGUAAACGCUUCUUAGAGGUGAAACCCUUCCAAGGGGUUCAGGGCAAACAAACAAAUGAAUACUUGACACUUCCUGAGGCAGUUGUAUUAAAGAAGGUCGAUCCAGUUCCAGCACUGAGGCUCCUCCAAAGUCAGGCAGACACUGGCGGCAUCAUUGAUAUCAGUUCAGGUGAAAGACUUCCUCUACCUGAAGCCUGUAGGAGAGGUUUAGUUGUAGACGACAUGGUCAAAGAAAUAGCCGCUAACCAGUUAUUGAAAGGAGGUUUAGUUGAUCCUGCCACUAGACAACGAGUCCCAAGUCUCAAUGAUGCCGUUGCAGUAGGACUGAUAUCUAGUGAUGUGGCGUCAGAGAUUCAGGAGAAGGUGGCUUCUGUGGAGACAGAGAAUGAUGAUGAAGAUAGCUCUACACCUGUAGCUUCAUCACACGGAUCAAGUGGUUCAUACAGCCCUGCUAUUAUAUUAUCAGCAACAAGUACAGACAGUCCAACAAACUGGUCUGAUGCAAAUACAGAGAUGCCACUUUCAAAGAGAGGUUUAGGAGUUGCACAAAUCAAUGAACAGAAAUCGACAUCUGUAGUAUCCGAUCAGUCACUGUUUUAUGACACUGCUGCAGCGGAGGAUAAAGUAGAAGUACCAGACUCAGUGGAAGACAAAUCAUUAACUCAGCCAGACCAGUCUAUGGAGGUCCUGUUUGAGUUUGCAACUAAUGUUGAGAAAAGAAUUCAGCAAGCAAUUAAAGAGAUAGCACCUCAGGAAGACCUCACUAAAUCACAAAAUCUUCCCAAACAGGACCCUGAUAAAGGCAAAAUUGAUGAUAAACAAAGGGAGAGCAUUUUCAGAGAUUCUAUUGGAGAAUCCAUGGAGACGCAUAUCCAUCACAGUGACAAAGAAUCACAGAAAGAGGUCAGAGAAGGGGUUGAUGAUGUGUCUGUAAGGGAUGUGGAAAAAGAGCGUAGACCUGCUGAUGUGAGCACAAUAAUGAUCAGUCAGGUUUCUGAAGAUGGAAACCUGACAGGUUCAGUAGCAACAGAGAUUACAGAUGACAGAGAAAGCAAUGAACUGUCAAAACCGAGUGAAGACAAUUACAGGAAGAAUGAUGCGGCAGCGCAGAGAGAUGGUGUUGUAAAUGAGAAGGGUAAGGGAGUGGGAAAAGAGAUCAAAGAUUCAGAGAUCAAAACUAGCGCUGAUGUUGAGCAGUCAGAGGAGGUAUUGACCUCUAUAUCCAAAGAGUCAGAAAACAAAGGCAAGAAAAAGAGGAAGAAUAAAAAGAAGGCAAAAGGCAAAGAAGUAGAAAAUGAAGCACAACCUCCAGAGAUAAAGCAUCCACCUUCAACCGCUAAAGUUGAUUCAGAAACUGAAGGGCAGUCAGAGGCUUUUAAUACAGCCACAGAUACAGUUGAAUCACAAGACAUAUCUGAGAAAUCACAGAUUCAUGGCCAGGGAGCUUCUGAAGUGGCUCCCAAUAGUAAAAGUGAAGCAAAGAUUGAUGUGAAAUUUGAAGCUGAAGAUGAUUUAGUACAACCCAAACAGGAAGAUGUUCCUGCCAGUCUGGAAUCUGAAAAAUCCACCAUUGAACCAGCGAAAGAUGCAACUAAAAUGAAAUUACUGAACAAUACAAAGAAGACUGAUAAGAGUAUGGAAGCGAAAUCUGAAGUGAUUUCAGUUUCUCAGCAACCAGAACAACUGGAGAGCAUUCGGGAGCUAGAGAAAGGCACUGAGCGAGAAUUGCCUCAGAAAUCAACUCUCCCAGAUGACGAGAAAGCAGCCUUGAUAAUGAAAGCCAAAGAGAGUAUUCUUAAAAAGGUGUUUGAAAAGGGAGUGAGCGAAAAGCAGGCUGCUGAGGAGCUGGAGGCUCUGCGCAAGGAGGUGGGGAAGAAGGAAGGUCGAGGAAAAGCUCUGCUCGCUAAGGUUGAUGCAGUGGAAGGUCAUGCUGUCAGAGAUGAUGGUGUCAAAAGAUCCAAUGGUUUACCAAAAGACAGUACAGAAGAGACAAGUGUCAGAGUAGAAAAAACUAUACUGACAGAGGUUAACGAAAAUAUGACUGCAGAGAAACCUUUGAUCCAGGAGAAUGCUGAGGCCAAACUGUUGGAGGCUUCUUCAAAGGAGACUGAAAUGAGCAGGAGUUCUGGAAAGGAAGACGUACAAAAAGAUAUUCCGACAACCCCAUCGGUCCAACCUAAAGAAGCUCAGCCAAGAAAACAAACUAAGAAGAGCAAGAAAUCCAAGACUGCACAACCGUCAGACAAAGGUGAACCUUAUGCUGAAAAGUUAUUGACUCCUGAAAAAGUAGAUUCCGAGGUGAUAACAGCAGAAAUUACGACAAAAUCCACAACAGCAAAACCAGAUUUAGAAAUUUCAGGUUUGCCGAAAGAACAGAAGACGGACAGACAUACAGAUGAUCAACCAGCCAGGGAUGCCAUUCAACCUUCAGAUAAUGAUAAGGCAAAUGAGGUGGAGGCCUCUGCAAUUAAUAAUCAGGGAGCUGAGACGAGUAAACAAAGUUCACCAACUCAGAAACCCGAAACUCAGAAACUCAUUACUCCUGUUCAGGAACAGAUCCAAGUGGCAGAAGUUGUGUCUGUUGUGAAACAAGAAGUCCACUCAGAUACUGGAACUGCCAGCAAAACCACUGAUGAUUCUCAGGAUGAUGCAUGCAAACUCGACAUUCAGCCCACAGCUCAGCCUAUGGCUCCUGGUCCACAGCCAGAAAAAUCAAACAAAAAAUCUAGAAAGAAGAAAAAGCUCCAACACCCUGAAGUUGAAAUCACCAGUGUUUCUGAGGCUUUAAUAACCCAAGAGAAACAAAUGGACUCUCCAGAAACAACACCUUUGGUCUCAGAGGAUGCUUCACCUGAAUCUGAAUCACCUGGAGUACCUGAGUCCGAUACAGCCACCGAGAGCUGGACAGAAGAUGAUGAUGAUGCAAGCAAGAGUCCAGAAACUGUAUCAAACAAAGACGGGGCGACAUCCGCAACUGGCAAGUCAUCGUUAAUGCGUCAGGAAUGCCUGGAGCAUGACCAGAGAAUCGUAGCUCUCAUCUCUAUAGUUCGACACAUUGAAGUCCGACUGAAACAGCAGCAGCAGCAGUCUGUUGGCCGCAGCCUCAUUUCAUUGGACGACAUCAUCAGACAGACUGAGGCUCUGGACCUUGAACUGCGCGACUUGGAGCCCGAGAUCAACAAGGAAGUGGAGGCUGCUGAGCGACUGCUGAAGCCUCAACCCAAAGAUGUUCCUUCUCAGCUCCUAUUGGCUCUGGAGAAGGAUGGGCGGAGCUUGGCUCGAGGAUACGAGGCUUCCAGGGAGCUUUCAGAGGGCAUUCUGCAAAGCCUACGAGACCACAGAGACUCAUACAAGGACGCAGUAACAGCUGAGCAGAAGUCACUGGGACAGCAAGUCGAGAGUCUGCUGUCUUGGUUGAGGGAGACGGAGGCUCAGAUGGACGGAGGAAUGGAAAAAAUGGAGAAAGCAGACAAAGAUGAAAGUCAUGAUCAGCUCACACAGCAGCUCAGUCUCUGCAAGGAGCUCCAGUCCUCCCUGAUGGCUCGCUCCAACGAGGUCAACAACGUGGUCCUGGACAUCCAGGUGUUCAUCUCGGAGCGAGCCCAGGACCUGGGACCGGAGCAGAGCAGGCAGCUCUUGGGGCAGCUCCAGCAGCUGCAGAGGUCCUUCCACAGAGCGUCGGGCCGAGCCCAGGCCUGGUCCGAUGCUCUGUCUGCCCAGAGAGAGAGGGAGGAGGAGAGGCAGCACAGAGAGAAGCUGAAAGAAGAGGAGGAGGACAGAGAGAGGCAGAGUGCCAGGGAGAGAGAGGUGGUUCAGCAGCAGAAAGCCGAGUGCUCUCAGAAGCUAGAAGGCCUCAGCAUGUGGUUGGCUGGAGCUGCCAGUCUGCUGGCCAGUCAGAGAGCGGGAGCAGAGUCAGGUGAUGUGGACAUCCUGCAGGAGAAGCAGAAAAAACUAAAGGAAGUACAGAAGGACCUCCAGACUAAAGGUGAGGGCGUAGCUGAGGCCAUCCGGUCCGUGGAAGAGUUUCUAGCCGAGAGAGGAGAAAGUUUGAGCCCAGCAGAGAGGGAGAACCUGCAGGGGGCGCUGGCAAAAAUGAAGGAGCAGUACAGUGCACUGACGGAUUCAGCAAACACGUCGCUGUCAGAGCUCGACACAGCCAUCAGCACCACUGUACAGCAGAACACGCAACGGGCGAAGGCGGUAGAAGAACUGCAGGAGACCCAGAGCCAGAUCGGUUCUCUGCUGAAUGAACUUUCCUCCCUGAACCAACCAGCUAAGAGAGGAGCUGAAUCUGCAGCAGGACAGGACGUUCCUGAUGCUUCGUUUUCACCGCCAGAGGGCGCUGUGGUGUCACAUACUGGGAUGCUGCAGGCGGAGCUCCAGCAGCUUCAGGCUCAGCAGGCCCAGUUGCUGCAGAUCUCCCAGUCGACUCGCUCCCUGUUGGACCAGCCGGACUCAGCGGUUCCUCCAGAAGAGAAGCAGCGACUGCGAGCUGCCCUGGACCAGCUGCAGGCUCAGCACCAGGACAGACUGCAGAGCUGCCAGGACCGUCUGAGGAAAUCUGAGGCUCUGAAGGACGAACUGACUAAAUUCCUGCAGGAACACGGAAGUCUGAUCACCUGGCUGGAACAAAACGAACAGGAGCUGCGUUCUCUGGGGGAAGGAGAAACCGACGCACAGGGACUGAAGGGCCGACUGGAGGAGCACAGAAAGCUUGCUGAGGAUGUAAUUUGCCACAAGGCCGACCUGCGAUUCGUCUCCAUCUCCGGUCAGAAGGUUCUGGAUUCAGCUCAAGGAGCUCUGGAGCAGGUCGGUGGUUCAGAUCCGGCUCUGGACGACACCAAACAGCUGGUAUCUGACAAGCUGCAGGAUGCGAACCACAGAUACACCACACUACACACCAAGUCGACAGAGCUGGGCGGCCGUCUGUCAGGCCUGUUGGAACGAUACCAGCAAUACCAGGACGAGGUCGUCUCCCUCCACUCGUGGCUCAGCACUCAGGAACAGAACCAAAGCAUCGCCAAGCCCAGCGGGGAGACGGACCCUCAGAACCUGGAGAACACGCUACGACAAGUACAGCUGCUUCAGGACGAACUGGCCGAGCGCUCGGUGCAGCUGGAGAAGGUGAAGAGAGCAGGAAGAGAUCUGGUCAGCACAGACGAAUCUCCUUCUCUGAAAGCUGUAGACAUCCUCUGUGCUGCAGACGGUUUGGAGAAAAGGUUCGGCUCGCUGUCGACGUCCGUCUCAGAACGGGCCGAGCAGCUGCAGACAGCUGUGGCCCAGUCGGUCAGCGUCCAGGAGGGUCUGAAGGGGCUGCUCAGCUGGUUGGACAAACUGGUUCUGAACCCCGGACCGGUAGAGCCGACUGCACAGGCUGUACAAGACGUCCUGACUCAGAACCAGAAACUUCGACAGGAGCUGCUGUCCAGGCAGGGCAGCGUAGAAGCAACACGGGACUCCAUUUCCAAACUCCUUCAGAGCUCCGACGCCUCCACAGCUUCAGGCCUGCAGGGGAGUUUGGAUGAACUGACUCAGCGCUACACUGCAGCUCAGGCCAGCCAGGCUGAGAGGGAAGCCGAGCUCAAAGGGCUGCUGCCCAGGCUGGAGAACUACGAGAGGCUGGGAACCGACCUCCAGGUGUUUACCCAGAGCAGACUGAAGGCCCUGAGCCCUGUGGGACAACCGGACCGCAGCGUGGACGACUACAGACAGACCGUGGAGGAGGUCAGGUCUGAGCUGGAUCAGGAAUCCGGUCAGCUGAAGUCCUUCUGCAACAUCGGCACUGAGCUCAGCCAAUCACAAGCCUUCAACAACACUCAAAGCUUAUUGGACAAAGUCAAAGGGGUGACUGAUGAGUUCACCCAGCUGGAGGAGAAUGUCAACGAAAGGUUUGCUGCCAUUCAGGCCUGUGAGCAGCAGCUGCUUCAGUUCCGCGGCCUCUCCGGCUCCCUCGUCAGGUGGCUUCAGACUGCACAGGACCAGCUGCCCGCCAAGGAGGCCAACCUCAACACCGAGGGCCUGCAGAGGAGAGUCCAGCAGCUCAAGGACUUGCUGAACGACUGGGAGUCGCAGGGAUCCAGAGUUCAAGAGUUGAACAAGUCUGGCUCCGAGCUAGAGUCCCUCAUCAUCGACAUCACCGCGCCCCAGACCAAAACCGGUGCUCCUCAGAUCAAUGGCUCAGCAGGUCCCAGCAGUGUCAACGGCAUUCACACCUGUAAAGACCUGACAGAGCUCCAGGUCGCAGUGUCUGACGUGAACGCUCGAUACGACUCUCUGGGUGGGGAGUUAAAGGAGCGUCUCAAUCGGCAGCAGGCCUCACUGGAGCUCCGCCAGAAGGCCAGGCAGGGCACUGAGGAGCUCAGGACCUGGUUGACCGACAGAGAACAAAGCCUGAAACAGGGACAGACCGCCUCCCCCUCCAAACCCGAGGCGGUGCGCGCUCAGGCCCAGGAGAACAAGGCCUUGCUGUCAGAGCUGACUGAACACUCCGGGAAGGUGGAGGAGCUGAAGAGCUCACUGAGGAAACUGAUUGCUGACAACCCUGAUUCUCCGGAGGCGGACACCUGGAGACAACAGCUGCAAGAGAUAGACUCCCGCUGGCAAACAGCCAAUCAGACGGCGGCUCAGAGACAGACUGAACUUGAGACGUGUGCUGAUAGGCUGGGAAGCUUUGCCUCAGCAGCCAGUCAGCUGGGCCCGUGGCUGAGGGAGAAGGAGCUGAUGAUGAGCGUGUUGGGACCUCUGAGCAUCGACCCGAACAUGCUCAACACACAGAAACAACAAGUACAGUUCAUGCUGCGUGAGUUUGAAACCAGGCGUCCCCAGUUCGACCAGCUCACCCAGUCUGCUGAGGGCAUCCUCUCCCAGACCGGAGACUCUGCUCAGGACCCCAAGGACCUGGAGGAGGUACGGACUGAACUGGGCUCCAUCUCCCAGCAGUGGGAGGAUCUGACCAAGAAACUGACUCUGAGGUCAAACCACAUCGAUCAGGCCCAAGGAACCAGCGAGCGCUACCAGGCUUUGCUCAGAGAACUGUCCUCCAGUGUUUCUGCUCUGGGCGAGAGGUUAGAUGCUCAGGCCUCUCUGAGCGCUCAGCCAGAGGCUCUGAAACGUCGCCUGCAGGAAACCGGAGAGAUCCGCUCAGAGCUGGAGAGGAGGCGGACUGAGCUCGCUGAGGCCGAGAAGCUCUGCCAGGAGCUGAGCGCCAUCGUGGCCGAACCUUACCUGAAGGAAGAGCUGAGCAAACGGCUGGAGAGCGUCAGCGGGCCGCUCAGGAGUCUCGAGGACCGUGCAGCUGACGGCCUGUCUCAGCUGCAGGCCGCCCUGUCGUCCACCCAGCAGUUCCAGCAGAUGUUUGAGGAGUUGCGUUCUUGGCUGGACAAGCAGGCGGAUCCCAGAGAAUCAUCCAGUGUCUCCCUGCCCUGUCGGCCGGAGGCGAUCCGCUCGCUGCUGGCACAGACAGAUGAGCUCCAGCAUGGGAUCGCCAGCCAGCGAGGUUCCUACGAGUUGAUCCAGGCGGAGGGAGUGUCGCUGCUCGCCACACUCCCAGCAGGCGGAGACGAGCGCUCGGCCCUUCAGUCCCGGCUGGCCUCCCUGAGGCAGGACUGGGAGGGACUGAAUCACAGAAUCUCAAACCAAGAGGCCCGACUGAAGACCACACUGGGCAAAGCAGAAACUUACCAGCAGCACAAGGCCGAGCUGACGCCGUGGUUAGCAGAGUGUGAGGAGAAAGAUGGAGAGAUCCGGCCAUCUCUGGACUCCUCUGCUCUGGAUGAAGCCCUGCAGAAAGCCAGAGGUUUGUCUCUGGACCUGGAGAGACGACAGCCGCUAGUUGAGGCUUUUAACUCUGCAGCAGAUCAGCUGCUGGAGCAGUGCUGCAUCGGGGAGGAGGAGGUUCGGGAUGAGAAAGCCCAGCUGAACCGCAGAGUGGACGGACUCGGUGAGAGGCUCCAUAACCGAACCUCUCAGCUGGAGGAGCUGGCCGGCCGCCUGAAGGAGUUUGAAGAAGGCCGACAGGCUGUGGAGAGAAGGCUGGAGGCUGCCAAGCACCAGAUUGAAGUUCAGGAGGCUCUAGGGCCUCAGGCAUGCAGUGCUAAAAGCCUGGAGAGGCUGAGGAGCCAGCAGGAGAAUCUGAGGUCUCUGCAGCCUCAGGUGGUUUACCUCAGAGAUCUGGCCCAGGGGCUGGUGCAGGAUGCACCCCAGACACAAGGAGGCAGCACUGAGGGGGCACAGAGACUCCAGGACCAGGCCAAAAACACAGAGAAAGGAUAUGAUGACGUUACUGACAAGAUCGAACAGUGCUGCUCCUCCCUGGAGUCUCGGCUGCAGGGUGUCGGUGAGGUCCAGGCUCACGUUCGGGACGUCUUCUCUCGCCUCGCCGACCUCGAUGAUGAGCUGGACUCCUUCAGUCCUGUUGGACGUGAUGCCGACUCUCUGGCCUCUCAGGCCGACGCUCUCAAGGGCUUCCUGUCCCGCCUGGCCAACCUCAGGACGGAGCUAGAGUCACAUGCGACGGAGUGCACCACCAUGCUGCGACGAGAAGGCUCGUCUCCCGACCUCCUGGCUCUCAGGAGGGAGACGGAGGCUCUGAGCCGCCAGGCCGGCAAGCUGAGCGAGCGCGGUCAGGCCAGGUUGGACCAGAUUGAGGACGCUGCAGACCGGGUCCGGGAUUUCUACAGGCUGGUGGCUGAGCUGCAAGGCCUGCUGGGAAGAGCAGAAGAGGGGCUGAACACUCAGGGCCUGGUGGGAACCGAGGUGGAGAUGAUCAAACAGCAGCUGCAGGAGUUCAAGGCUGUGGAGAGAGAGCAGGUGGACAGUAUUCAACCAAAGCUGCAGCAUGUCAACGCAGUAGGUCAAGGUUUGAUCCAGAGCGCCGCUAAACACACCGACACCCAGGCGCUGGAGCACGACCUGGAGACCACCAACCUGCGAUGGAACUCACUCAACAAGCGGGUGGCAGAGCGGAUCGCACAGCUGCAGGAGGCCCUGUUGCAUUGUGGGAAAUUCCAGGAUGCUCUGGAGCCUCUGCUCAGCUGGCUGAGCGACACGGAGGAGCUGGUGGCCAAUCAGAAGCCUCCGUCCGCCGAGUACCGCGUGGUCAAGGCCCAGAUCCAGGAGCAAAAGCUGCUCCAGAGAUUGUUGGACGACCGCAGGCCGACGGUGGAGAUGAUCCGAGCUGAAGGCGAGAGAAUCGCAGCCACAGCAGACACUCAGGACCGAGAGAAGAUCCAGACCCAGCUGCAGAGUCUAGCAGAGAGAUGGUCUGACCUGCUGGACAAGGCCAGCGGCAGGCAGUUGGAGGAGCUGCAGGUUUUGGCUCUUCAGUUCCACGAAGCCCUGGAGCCAAUGGGUGAAUGGCUGAGCACCACCGAGAGACGCCUGAGCUCCGCCGAGCCGAUGGGAACCCAGACGGCCAAGAUCACCCAGCAGAUCGUCAAGCACAAGGCGCUCCAAGAGGACGUUUCCUCCCGGGAAGCCGUGGUCGACCACCUCGAGUCGCUCAGCCAAUCCCUGACGCCGCUCAGCUGUGCGGCCGAUCAGGAUUGGUUGAGCGAGCGCGUCGGGGCGGUGAGGUCGGGUCACUCGGAGCUGGCCGAUUGGUGCUCGAGGCGGGCGGGUCUGCUGGAGCAGGCGCUGGCCAACGCUCAGCUGUUUGGGGAGGAGGAGGUAGAGGUGCUGAACUGGCUGGCCGAGGUGGCUCAGAGGCUGGCUCAGGUCUCCGUCCAGAGCUACCAGCCUCAGCUGCUGGCCGAGCAGCACAAACACACCCUGUCUCUGAACGAAGAGAUCUUAAGCAGGAAGAAAACUGUGGAUCAGGCCAUCAAGAACGGACAAGCUUUACUGAAACAGACCACAGGUGAGGAGGUCCUCCUGAUCCAGGAGAAGCUGGAUGGCAUCAAGUCUCGCUACGCUGAGAUGACGGCGGGCAGCAGCAAGGCCCUCCGCACCCUGGAGCAGGCCCUGCAGCUGGCCACGCGAUUCGCCAGCGCCCACGACGACCUCAACCAGUGGCUGGACGGCAUGGAGGCGGAGCUUAACAACGUGGAGCCCGACGCCACGCCUGCCUACCAGGAGAGACAGAAGGAGCUGAAGAAAGUGUCGGCUGAGAAGCGUCUGGUGUUGGACACGGUGAACGAGGUGGGCAGUGCUCUCCUGGAUCUGGUGCCGUGGCGAGCUCGUGAAGGACUGGACCGCCUGGUCGCCGACGCCAACCAACGAUACCGCCAGGCCGAUGACACCAUCACUCAGCGGGUGCAGCUGGUGCAAGCCGCCAUCCAGAGGUCACAACAGUAUGAGGAGGCCGUGGAUGCAGAGCUGGCCUGGGUUGGAGAGACGGAGCGUAAGCUGGCGUCUCUGGGGCCCCUGAGCCUGGAGCCCGAUGUCACCGUGGCUCAGCUGCAAGUGCAGAGAGCGUUCAACAUCGACAUCAUCCGACACAAAGACACCGUGGAUCAGCUCCUCAGCACCAGAGACGACAUCCUGGAGACCUGCAGCGACGCUCAGAAGGACGCUCUGAUGGUGAAGACAGAUUCUCUGAGUGCUCGUUAUGAUACAGUGAGUCAGAGCCACAGCGAGCGGUUCUCAGCUCUGGAGCAGGCCCAGGUUCUGGUGGCUCGGUUCUGGGAGACCUACGAGGAGCUGGAGCCGUGGCUGGGUGAGACUGAAACCCUCAUCACUCAGCUUCCACCACCGGCUAUCGACACCGACGCUCUCCGCCUGCAGCAGGACCAGAUGAGGCUGCUCAGAGAGUCCAUCGCAGAGCACAAACCCCACAUCGACAAGCUGCUGAAGAUCGGACCUCAGCUGGCCGAGCUGAGCCUCCAUGAGGGGGCGACGGUGACGCAGCGCUACACCGACGCUGAGAGACGCUACCUCGCCAUCAAAGAGGACGUCAAAGGCCGCGCUACAGCACUAGAUGAGGCGGUUUCACAGUCUGCUCAGUUCCAUGACAAGAUGGACCCGCUGUUGGAGACCCUGGAGGGGGCCGUGCAGCGGCUGCGGCAGCCUCCUCCGGUGGCAGCAGAGGUGGAGAAGAUCAGGGAGCAGCUGGCAGAGCACCGAGCCCAGGGGCUGGAGCUGGACAAACUGCUGCCCAGCUUCUCCGCCCUCUGCGCCCGAGGAGAGGAGCUCAUCGGCAGGGCGGCUCACGACGAUCCUGCUGCUCAGGCUGUUCGUUCUCGCCUCCUGCGCCUCCGUUCUCUGUGGGAUGAGAUCCGGCAGCGAGCCGAGGAGAAGGAGGGGAAACUGAACGACGUGUUGGACCUGGCCGGGAAGUUCUGGGCCGACGUGGCGGCGCUACUGAGCACGCUCCGAGACUCCCAGGAUAUUGUGAAGGAGCUGGAGGACCCUGGGGUUGAUCCAUCGCUCAUCAAACAGCAGAUUGAGGCUGCCGAGGCCAUCAAGGCAGAAACAGACGGCCUGAGGGAGGAGCUGGAGUUUGUCAGGACCCUCGGAGCCGACCUCAUCUUUGCCUGCGGAGAAACUGAGAAACCUGAAGUCAAGAAGACCAUAGAUGAGAUGAACGCUGCCUGGGAAGGCCUGAACCGGACAUGGAGGGAGAGGAUGGAGAGGCUGGAGGAGGCCAUGACGGCUUCUGUUCAGUAUCAGGAUGCACUGCAGUCUAUGUUUGAUUACCUGGACAACGCUGUGAUCAAACUGUGUGACAUGUCGACUGUGGGAACCGACCUGGGGACUGUCAAACAGCAGAUUGAAGAGCUCAAGCAGUACAAGGUGGAGGUUUACCAGCAGCAGAUCGACAUGGAGAAGCUCUGCCACCAGGGGGAGCUGCUGCUGAAGAAAGUGUCCGACCAGACCGACAGGGACAUGAUCCAGGAGCCGCUCAUCGAACUGCGACACCUCUGGGACAACCUGGGGGAUAAAAUCACCCAAAGACAGCACAAGCUGGAGGCUGCUCUGCUGGCCCUGGGUCAGUUCCAACACGCCCUGUCGGAGCUGCAGGCCUGGCUGAGCCACACUCACACCACUCUGGACACACAGAGACCCGUCAGCUCCGACCCGAAGGCCAUCGAGAUCGAGCUGGCCAAACACCACGUUUUGCGUAACGACGUGCUGUCCCAUCACGCCACGGUGGAGACGGUGAACAGCGCCGGUGCCGAGCUGCUGGAGUCGUCUCCUGGCGAUGAGGCCAGUCACCUGAGGGAUCAGCUGGAUCAGCUCAACCAGAGCUGGGAGAGUCUACUGCUCAAGACCCAGGAGAGGCAGAAACUCCUGGAGGCCGCCCUGCAGCAGGCUGAAGGUUUCCAUGGCGAGCUGGAGGAGUUUCUCCAGUGGCUGAGGAGGACGGAGAGCCAACUGUCUGCUGCCAAACCAACCGGAGGUUUACCUGAAACAGCCCGAGAGCAGCUGCAGCAGCACAUGGAGCUUCAGGCUCAGCUGAAUCAGCGAGCGGAUCAGUACCAUCGUCUGCUGGAUCAGGGAGAGUCCAUGCUGCUGGCCCGCGGAGGAGAGGAGGCCGGACCCGGGACCACCCAGACCCAGCAGAACCUGGCCAUGCUGCAGAACAAGUGGGGCAGCCUCAACACCAAGAUGGACGACCGCAGGGGAAAACUGGAAGAGGCCGUGUCCUUGGCGACAGGCUUUCAGACUUCCCUGCAGGACACCAUCAACUGGUUAACGCAGGCUGAACAAACCCUGAACAUGGCUCAGCCCCCCAGCCUCAUACUGGACACUGUCCUCUUCCAAAUAGACGAGCACAAGGUGUUUGUGAAUGAGGUGAACACCCACAGAGAGCAGGUCCUGGCUCUGGAGAAGGCCGGCUCUCAGCUUCGCUUCGCCAGCCUGAAGCAGGACGUGGUUCUCAUCAAGAAUCUGCUGCUCAGCGUUCAAGCUCGCUGGGACAAGCUGGUCCAGAGGUCCCUGGACCGAGGAAGACACCUGGACGAGGCUCGCAAACGAGCCAAACAGUUCCACGAGGCCUGGAGGAAGCUGACAGACUGGUUAGAAGAAGCCGAGAAAAGACUGGACUCAGAGCUGGAGAUCUCCAACGAGCCAGACAAGAUCAAAGUCCAACUUACCAAACACAAGGAGUUCCAGAAGGCGCUGGGAUCGAAGCAGCCUGUUUACGACACCACGGUGAGGUCUGGGAAGGCCAUGAGGGACAAAGCUCAGCUGCCUGCAGACACUCAGAAACUGGAUCACCUGGUUGGAGAAGUCCGAGACAAGUGGGACACCGUCUGCGGCAAGAGCGUGGAGAGACAACACAAGCUGGAGGAGGCUCUGCUGUUCUCAGGCCAGUUUGCUGAAGCUCUUCAGGCUUUGGUUGACUGGUUGUACAGAGUGGAGCCUCAGCUGGCUGAAGACCAGCCGGUUCAUGGAGACCUGGAUCUGGUGUCCAACCUCAUGGACUCACAUAAGGCUUUCCAAAAAGAACUGGGAAAGAGAACCAGCAGCGUUCAGGCUCUGAAGCGUUCAGCUCGGGAUCUGAUGGAAACCGGCCGCGACGACACAGCGUGGGUCAAAGUUCAGCUUCAGGAGCUCAGCAACCGCUGGGACACCGUGUGCGCCCUGUCAGUCACCAAGCAGACCCGCCUCCAGCAGGCCCUCAAACAGGCGGAGGAGUUUCGUACGGCGGUGCAGGUGCUCCUGGAGUGGCUCUCAGAGGCGGAGCAGACGCUUCGUUUCCGUGGUGUCCUUCCUGAAGAGGCGGAGACUCUGCAGGCGCUGCUGCACACACACCGAGACUUCAUGGGCACCGUGGAGGAGAAGAGGACCGACGUGAACAAGGCUGCCGGCAUGGGAGAGGGCAUCCUGACGGUGUGCCACCCCGACUCCAUCACCACCAUCAAACACUGGAUCACCAUCAUCAGGGCAAGAUUUGAGGAGGUGCUGACUUGGGCCAAACAGCACGAGCAGCGACUGGAAACGGCUCUGAACGAAGUGCUGAACAACGCCAACCUGCUGGAGGAGCUGUUGUCAUGGCUACAGUGGGCUGAAACCACAUUAGUCCAGAGAGACACUGAGCCGCUUCCUCAGGACAUCCCACAACUCAAAACACUAAUCACAGAGCACCAGAUGUUUAUGGAGGAGAUGACGAGGAAACAGCCGGAUGUCGACAAAGUGACAAAAACCUACAAAAGAAAACCAGCCGAGCCUCCAAGCAGCCUGGCAGAGAGGAGAGGAACUCGCAAACAGCAACAGCAGCAACAGCAGCAGCAGCAGCAGCAGCAGGCAGCCAUGCAGGUUUCUGGAGGAAACCCACGACUAAACCAGCUCUGUGCCAGGUGGCAGCAGGUCUGGCUGCUGGCUCUCGACCGCCAGCGUAAACUCAACGACGCUCUGGACCGUCUGGAGGAGCUCAAAGAGUUUGCCAACUUCGACUUUGACGUGUGGAGGAAGAAGUACAUGCGCUGGAUGAACCACAAGAAGUCUCGCGUCAUGGAUUUCUUCAGACGCAUCGACAAGGACCAAGAUGGAAAGAUCACGCGGCAGGAGUUCAUCGACGGCAUCUUGGCCUCAAAGUUUCCAACCAGUAAGCUGGAGAUGACCGCUGUGGCAGACAUCUUUGACAGAGACGGAGACGGUUACAUCGACUACUACGAGUUCGUUGCUGCUCUGCAUCCCAACAAAGACGCCUACAGACCGACCACCGACGCUGACAAGAUAGAGGACGAGGUGACUCGGCAGGUGGCUCAGUGUAAAUGUGCCAAGAGGUUCCAGGUGGAGCAGAUAGGAGAGAACAAAUACCGGUUCUUCCUCGGAAACCAGUUCGGCGACUCUCAGCAGCUGCGUCUGGUGAGGAUUCUGCGCAGCACGGUGAUGGUGAGAGUCGGAGGAGGCUGGAUGGCUCUAGACGAGUUUCUGGUGAAGAACGAUCCCUGCAGAGUGCAACAUCCAGGACUUAAGAUUCUUCGCUCCGAUUCCAGUAGCUCCAUCUCAUCUCGUAUAGCUCGCGGUCGAACCAACCUGGAGCUCAGGGAGAAGUUCAUCCUUCCUGAAGGAGCCUCUCAGGGUCUGGCUGCCUUCCGAUCCCGAGGCCGACGCUCCAAACCCGGAUCUAGAAACGCCUCCCCGACCAGAUCCUCCUCCUCGGCCUCCCACAGCGGAGCCUCCCUCCCCUCUGCUCCCUCGGCCCCCGCCACACCGACAGCCUCAGCUUCGUCCAGGUCCUCCCAUACUCACUCUCGCGACUAUGCCAAGCCCUGGCUGGCACACAGUAAAACUCCAACGCCAACCAAGUGCCACUGCUGCCCAGAUCUCGGUCACAGCCACACCACUCCUGGGCAUGAGGGGGCGGCGUCCGGCUCCAAACUAAAGAGGCCAACCUUCCAUUCGAGUCGAGGCUCGCUGACCGGAGAGAACGGAGGAACGACACACACCAGCAAACCGUCACGGACUGAUCCAAAGCGAGCGGCGUCCACAGCCAGCGGUCCGACCAGCCGAGCCGGCAGUCGAGCCGGCAGCAGGGCCAGCAGCCGGAGAGGCAGCGACGCCUCGGACGCCUCCGAGCUGCAGGACGCCCGGUCCGUCUGCUCGGACACCUCGGACACCCCGAGGCGAGGAGCCAAACCCUCCAAGAUCCCAACCAUCUCCAAGAAGGCCCCCAGCCCCAAGACCCCGGGGUCAGCCAAGAAAUAAACCCAGCAGAGGAGCCGGAGCAGCAGAUACCUCCAACCUGGACCACCAUAGGGCUUCUACUGAACCUGUGCGCUAAGACUGAUUCGAACGGGACAGAAGGAGAAGCUGAAUGGAUCUUCUCAGUCUUUCCCUGAUCUCUGAACCGACUGAACCUGCACAAGACAAGAAGAGUUUGAGUCUUCGGGGUCGGCGGCGGCUUUCCCCUUUAAGAAGCGACCCCAGUUUGCCUUCCGGCCUCCUGCUCCGACCAGCGACGACUCGACGAGAUGCUGCCUUACUUCAGAUUGAUUUCUACAAACUCUGUACCCAGCGGGCGGAGCAGGGAGCGGGACACGCCACCACCACGGCUGCAAAAACACACAGAAAAGAACAAGCUCAAACAACAUUCAGGAAAAAAGAGAGAGAAUUGUGGGUUUUUAUUUUGGCUUGUGGGCCAGAUGCCUCAGCGAUGAGUUAAAAAAGAAAAUAUGCAACGACUGCCAUGUCGCUUCUCCCGGACAGAACCAUCUCAGAGGCAGCGUGUGGAGACAAACACUCACACACUGAAGCACCGCAGCAGACUCCUCCGACCGCCGCUACGCCGAGGUCGGCCUCCUGUGUGCAUUUCAGCGAAGGGCGGUGUGGUUUCAUCACAUGCCGGCGCAACAAUCCGACACAAACAUCACAGACUGGCAAUAGAAAGGACUAUUUUUACAGCGACACUCAACUAACAGCACAUUUCUGACAAUAUUCCUGAUGUUAGCGUCCGCAGAGCUCCACGACCAGCAUGCACUAACUGUCUGCAGCUCCACCUUAACCUGCUGCGUCGCCCUUAGCAACCAGCAGCACACACACACACACACACACACUCUGACACACUGUGGUGUGUUUGGUGUGUGUCUUUGUUACAGGAAACAAUAGAGGUCAUUGACUUGAGUCACUGUAUGCAAAAUUUUCAUUUGCGAAUGUCAUUUUGUUCUUUUUUUCUUCUCGUUUUUUUCUGGUUAAUUUAUAAUCCAGUUUUGUUUUCUAGCUUUGAGAGAAAGAUCUAUUUAUUUUCAUGUCAUAUCACCGCUCAGCAGAGAGUGAUUUAGUGUUAUGGUUAAUGACAUUGUGAUUUUUUUGUACCGAGAAGAUUUCCACUCUGCUCUUUUUUGACAUGAUGUGUGUGUAAACGUGUGUUUCUACUCCAUUGUAACAUGACAUUAUUCACUAGGUCGCCUUGUUUGUUAAACUUUCUUUGAUGCUAAUGACGACGAUUUCCUGACCAAAGGGGUUUGCCCUUCAUGUGUAGACAGACAACUACAAAUAUGAAUGACAGGAGUGCUGGGCGGAGCGGACCAAUCAGAGUGGGUCUUCUUCCUCAGCGUCUCUUCUUCUAGGCUUUUUUUCAAAUGUCCCGUCGCUGGCGGGGCCGAGUUGUCUCUGUGUUUAUCUCAGUGUAAGAGAUGAAGUUUAUGAAAACUAAUGAAAUUACAAUAAGAAAGCAGACAUCUUAAGGUGAUUUUUAUUUAUUUAUUGUCUCUGAGGAGGGAUUGUGGUGAAGGAGACGAGUCGCCGCCUCCUGACGGCGACGGAGGAGGAGGGACGGUGUUACAGGAGUCACUUGUGUAAAAGUAAAAUGAAAAAAAAAAACUAAAAUUAUAAACAAUUUUUUUGUUCUGUUUUUGUAUUAAAAAUAUGCUUGCAGUAAAA